AUGAAUGAAGAAAAUAUUAAGGAUCCAUUAGAUAUUCCUGGUUAUUACUUUGAUAAAAAAAAAAAUAGAUACUUUUUUAUUGAUAAUGAGUUAAAAAAACAAUUAAAAAAAGAACAGUUUAAUAAAUUAAUUAAUAAUCAAAAGAAAAAAAAUCGUGAAAAUAACUUAGAACCAAAAAAAAAUGUAAAAAAAAAAUUCCAUAGAAUUCAUGGAUUAAAAGAAAUGAAAAAAAAAAAAAAAAAUGCUAACAGUAAUAAAUCAAAUAUUAAAAAUAACGAUAAUACAAAUUGUGUAUUGUUAAAUAAAAAUAAUAUUACUUCAAAUAAUAAAGAAAAAAACUUACAACUGAUUACUAAUGAAAUAAAGUUUUUAAAAAGAAAUAUAUCUGAAAACCGAAACAUAUACAAUAUAAUUAAGCGCAUAAGGAAUUAUAAUUUUAAAGAAGAUUCAAUUUUAAGCCUACCACCAAUUUUUAUUAAUUGUAACUACUGUGAAUACAUUAAAGUAGAAGAUUUAUGUAACUUAUCCUCAAAUAAUAGUUUACUAUGCCAAAGAGAAAACAAAAGUUUAGACAGCAUAAAAUCUCCUCGUUUUUUGAAUAUUAAAAGAAGCGAUAGCAUUGAUGUUUCAUUGAAUGAUUUUAAGUGCUUUAAUUUAAGUAAAAAAUUAAUAGAUGAGAAUAAAAGAAAAAGUAAAUUAGAAUUAGAUGGUAUUAAUAAUGAAUCAUUUGACAACAAAAAGUAUCACAAACAGAGUAUGUCUAGUAAUAAAAUUAAUGAAAAUGUUAAAAAUUAUAAUAUAACAAACAAUAGAAACUAUUCCCAAAGGCAUACACAAGACUUUAAAAGUAAUAUUCCUUUUAGUUAUGAUGAUAUAGAAGAAAGUUUAUUAAUUCCUAAGCUUUAUGGUCGAACAUAUCAAAAAAUAAAUUCGUAUAAUAUAGAGAAUAUAAAAUCAAAAAUAGUAGCUAAUAGAUAUAAGGCUAAUUUUUAUUAUUUUUACUAUAAUUAUAACUAUAAUGAAAACCUUGAAGAAAAUAAUUUAACUGAAGUAAAUAAUAAUAAUACUAUACAUGGACAAAACUUUGCUACUUUUAAUAAUAUUUCAAAUAAUACUAUUUAUCAAGAAACCGAUAUGCAAUUUUUAUCAGAUAACUUAUCAGUUGGUCAUUUAGAUGUAACAACAAAUGAGGCACGUGUUUCAAAAACAUAUAAACCUUCCGAAUCAUUUUUUCAUUUAUUUAGUAAUCCCCAAUAUGAUGAUUUUAUUUUUAGCACAACUAAAGAAAACAAUUUUUCAUUUAGUUUGGGAGCUAUUGACAUGAAUAAAUUUGUCCAAACUAAUAAAAAAUCUCCUUUUAGUGAUAUAAUUCAUGAAAAUGUUUAUUACAGCACUGACACCAAAUAUUUAUGUAGCUAUUCUAAGGAACAAAGUGAAAUUCUUUGUAUUUCUCCUCAAAUAUUAUCUCAUUUUAAUAUAUUUAAUGGGGAAUAUGUUGCUUAUUCUUCAUAUGGAAAUACGAAAGAUGAAAAAAGUUUAUUAUGUUUGUUAAGUAUAAAAUCAUUUUUUCAAUGCAAUCCCAAAAUAGCAAUUUAUAGUUUUAUAAGUGAAAUAAAUUACUUUAAAUUAUUUCCAUCAAUGGACAAUACUUAUAGUACUUAUAAUGAUAAUUAUUUUAGUAAUAAUAGUACGUAUGAUGAAUAUUCAUAUCACCAUAAUAAUAAAAUUGAUAAAAUUUUUAUAUGUGGAUCGUUUCCUUGUUUUAGUUUUAGUACAAUAAAAGAUGACGUUACUUACUGUAUAUGGGAUAGUAAGAAAUUAAAAGUUAAUGAUUUAUUAUCAAUGAAUGAAGAUAUAACGUUUUAUAUUGAAAAUAUUUUAAAUGGAAAACACUCCCCUUCGUAUUCAAUAUUUGAAAAUAAUUCUCAGAAAAAAUUAAGAUUAUAUUCUAGAAAAAGUAAAGAAAAAAUAAAAAAAGAAAGUAAAAAAACAUUUAUAGAUGAGUUUUAUGAAAAUGACACAAAAAAAAAAAGAGAAUAUAAAAUAAAAAAUUCUAGUAAAUACUUAAAUAAUGAUGGUUAUUCAAACAUAAAUAAAUUUGAAACUCCAAAAAAAAGUCAUGAUAAACCUACACGAAAGUUAGAUUAUACAAAUAACAAUUUAAAUAAAAAUAAUCCAAGAAAUUCUAGCUCAUUAAAUUCAAAUGAAAAAACUAGAAAUAAGUACAACCUACCCUAUAAUUAUUAUUCACCAAAUUCUCAAAGAUACAAUUAUAAUGACAAUAAAAAGAAGGGAAUAUGUUGUGAAAAUGUAAAAAAAGCAAAUAAUAACAUUUUUUUAUGUUGUAAUACAGAAUACUUAUAUUUAUGUGAUUUACGGUGCAAUUUUUUAAAUACAAUAUCCAAACUUAAAAUAAAUGAAGGACAUGUAAAUAAAAUUUAUUCACUAAGCAACAACUUUCAAUACAUUUUAUCAAAAACUAAUAAUCAUAUAGGUUUAUAUGAUAUGCGGUACGUAAAUCACAGAGAUAAUGAUGAAACAAAAAAUAAUCUACUAGUUACUUAUGAAAGAUUUAUAGAUAACAAUAAUCUUAAAAAAUAUCUCAAUGAUUUUUAUGUUAUAGACAAUGAGCAGUAUAUUGUUUCUCUUGAUACCUACACUAAUUCUGUUUAUAUAUAUGACAUUAUGAACACUACAAACCGAAUUAUAAAUUUAGAUGGAAAUGCUGAUUAUUCAAAAAAUAUUCAAUUACAUAGUUACGCAAAUUUAUCUAAGAUUCCUUAUAUAUACUCAUGUAGCUCAUAUGAUGAUGAAUAUUAUAAUUAUUAUAAAAAAAAAAUUGAUGAAACUAAAGCAACUAAUAGCAAAUAUGUAACUCAUUUUAAUCCAAUAAAAUCCUAUCCAAAAAAGGAUUUAUUUAUAGGAUUAAAUGUCCAAUCAAUUUUACCUCUUUUUUAUAUUAAACAAAAAUAUAAUAAACAUAAUUUCAUUUCUAUAAAUGAAGGGGGGUUUAUUUGUACUAUAAAUAUAUAA